UCGCUUAGUCUGGAUCUGAACAACUUCUCCUUACAAGCAUCACUCGCUCCCUCUCUCUCUUUUUUCUCCCUCCCUCUCUUUUUUUUCUCUCUCUCUCUCCCUGCCGGCCUCAUUUGCUCCGUUUCUCCCUCGUCCUCUUCGCUCCCGUCUCUCCUCUGACCGUCAGUCCGUCAGCAUGCAGGUGUCUCCGGCUCUCCUAGUCUCCAGCUCCCCGCCGCUGCUGCUGCUGCUGCUGCUGCUGCAGGGAUGCUGCAGCGCCGCCGGGAAGGAGUGGAGGGUAUUAAACAACGACGGCACGGAGAUUUUACCGGAGUUCAGAGAAAACAGCGGGACACCACGGGAGGCGAUAGUACAGGCGAAUAACGGCGGCAACAAUAUCAACAACAACAGCAACAGCAACAGCAACAGCAUGAACAACAGGCCGAACAGCAACAGGGGGCCAAACUCUUUCCCAUACAGUAAGUAGUUUAAUUCAGCUUCAUAUUGGAUAAAUCUGAUAAAAAUACAGGUAACACGGUUCAGGUAGGACAACUGAAUAAUAGUUAAUCAAUAUUAUUUAGAAUAUUAGAAGUAUUUAUUGGAAAAGUGUUGCAUUUAGAGCAGUUUAAGGUCGAUCUAAUGUGGGUUUAAGUCACAGGUAGCUCUGAAAUUUACACAUUUUUACACAUAAGUCUAAUUUAUUUGGUCAAAACUUACAUUUUCAUGUUAAAGUUUUUCACAACAGGUAUAUUUCACUCUUAAGAUAAACAUUUUAGCCAGUUUUGGACGGUAUUCGGCAUUUUCACGUCUAGACUGUACAGCUAAACCCACAAAUGACGAUAAAAGUCAUGUUUGAUAGAUUUAUACUGGAUUUAAAUUUGAGACGAAAUCCUAAAUAUCAAAUUAAAGGUCACUUAGCAUCAAUUAUUCGUAUGAAACAGGUCAGAUGUACUGUGUAGCCCUUUAUUGCCUUUGGUAUCAUAUUUCUGUCAAACUAACAUGAUCAAGAAAUUACUAAAAAAAUCCCCUUAAUACAGUCCAAUAAAUGAUCAAAAUGUUCUCUUGUGGUUUAUCAGUUUAUCCAAAAACAUCUAAUGUAUCAAACCAGAUAAUUAAACAUAUUCGGUAAAUUUUAAGGCCAUUGUGAUUAUUUGAAAUAAACAUUUAAGCUGCAAAAAAAUGUGAAUUUUCAUGUCAUAAUUUGUGUUUUCAGGCAUUAAAGGGUUAACCUCUUUUAAAAAAAUCAGUUCUUGACUUUAUUAGAUCGGACAACUCGAGAAAAACUGGCAGAAAGAGAAGAAAAAGAUUCGCACCAAACUGAGAAUCGAUCCUGGGACCAGUGCGGUCUUUCACUGGCAUCUGAUCCUGACCCUUCAGGUCCCCUAAAGUGACUCCAAAACCUGCCUCUCCGCUCUGCUGUGUUUCCUCACACUCCCUGAUUAGAGCGGCUCUAUCGAGUGUGUGACGACUCUUUUCCUUUUUUUCAUCCGCUGCCAGAGCCGAGUGUGAUGAGAGCGACGCCGCAGACGCGCAUUCUUGUGGUUUCUCCCUCUCCGCGAUGUGAAGUGGAGCGCUCUCGGUGCCGUCAGAGCUUUUUUCGCGUUGUCUUCCGCGUUAUUUCCUCCUCUCUUUACACUAUUAGUCAAGCUCUACUUACGUUAUAACUAUUUGAUUGCAACAACAUGUCCUCCCGAAAAGAAAAAGCCCCACAGUUUGAGUGUCUUUUGGGGUUUGUUGGAAAUUGCUUUUUAAAUGCAACACUGCUUUUGUGAUGAUUCCCACCUGUGGACACUAGAGGUUCUGAUUGAGGAGUUAUGCGUGUAGGAUAAUCUCACGGCUCGCUCUCAUGGAUUCAAGAUGGGUGGUGGCGCAAGAUUCUCACAGUUUAAUCAUGGACACUCAGAGAGAUUAGGAGGUGGGGGUGAUUGAUUAGAUUAAAGGAGGAACGGCUGAUGGGGAUAUUAGCAAAUCAAGAUGUGUGAGUGGGAGUGAUUUACCACAACAAAUCCACCCGUUUAAGAAGAUGAAAAGAUCCAGUGAUGGAGUUUUUAUUGUGUUUUUCAAGUGGAAAUUCGCCAUCAAGAGCCUUCAAUACAUUUUCAAUCAAAAGAAAAUAAAUAGAGACUGCGUUAAACGCUGGAGAUCAGGCAUUGCAGGAAUUUUAUCCCCAUUAGUCGCCAAAAAAGGGCUGGAAAACACAAGCCCUUGUUUUCACUGGGAUAAGCAGCAUAUGUGUUCAGUUUUUCACCAAAUCUCCUGGAUUAUUUCCUCAUCCAAUACUCAGUUUUCAUCCUUGGAUGGUUUAUCAGGGUCCCUGUGGGGUCCUGGCCCUCCUCCGAAGACUUGUUUGAGGGGCGGAGGGAGCUCUUACAACUCGACAGUAGUCAAAAGAAAACAGAAAACACUGCUGAAAAGAGAGAUUGGACGAGACAAGCGAACUAUUUGUGAUGAAGUUGUGAUUGAUGUAGGAAAAAAAAGCUGCCCAGUGUGUGUUUUGUGUACUCAUGUGGUCCCUUUAGCGGCGGCUGCAGAAUAACACCAGAUCAAGUUCUCAUGUGGAGGAAAAAAAAAGGAAGUCACCUCACAUAAAUCCUUUGUUCAGCCCUUUUUGCAAAGAAAGCCACAGAGGAAAACAGAUCCCUUCUCUGAGUGUAUCAUUUCUUAACCGACCGUUCCUUUUUGUCGUCUUUUUUACACGCCGCUUGUAAAAAAAAAAAAACAACAACACUGCAUAAUAACUCAUGCAUUCGGCUGUUUGGGAGCUGUGGCUGAAACGCGGGAUUACAGGCUGGAGAGUGUUGUCUUAAAUCAGUCUGGCUCAGGUCCAGUUUGCUGUGAAUUGUACAGUUGCUGCGCUGCCUUAAAAUAACCAGACAGCUAUUUACUCCUCCAUCACCGCAUACAUUUCCUGAGGGCCAAAAGCUGAAUGCCAGUUUUUCUCUUCCAGCACAAAAAAAAAAAAAAAAAAACUCCAUUAGGUUUGAUUGAGCUGUUUAAUGGCCCUCUGGUCUGGAUUUGCUAUCAGCUGAUUGCUGCCAGCUGGAUUUCUUAGUCAAGGCCCGUCAUCGGCAAACGAUCGCACCAUGAAUCAAAUUCAGAAACUCCGAUCUGACCUUAAGUCUCGACUCAAAUGCAGAAAUUGCUUAUAAAAACACGAUAACUGAUGUUUUUUUUUUCAAUGAGAUGUCAGGAUUAAAUGAAACUGAUCUGAUCUCGUGUCUUUACUCAAAUGCAGAAAAUUGUGCUGCACAUUUUUCGGGUGCAAUUUUGUGUUUCUUGCAACGCGUCAAAUUUACUAUCAGCUGAGUGUUUCCAGCUGGGUUUCUUUGUUAAGCCCUUUUACUGACUAAAAGUCACGACAGGACUCAAAUUCAGAAACUCCGCUCUGACCAUGUUGUCCUCAUGAAAAUGUAGAAACUAUUCUGAUGGGUCGAUCUGGGUGGGGUGCAUUUUUCAGGUGCAUUGUUGAGUUUCAAAAUUUGUUGACAGCAGUGUUGCUUGACAAGUCUUCAUCUGUUCAAUGUUAGAAUAACCUAAAUCCAAGUUUGAAAUCUAAAAGCAGUUUGAUGAGAAUCGAACUUUAAACCACAUAUUUUUAUUUACACUCAGAAUCUUUUAGCGCAUUUUCAGAUGCAACGUCAUGCUUAAAAAUGCACUGAGUCACCCAUCAGCUGAUGUCUACCACUUACUUUCAUCAGCUGUCUGCACCAUGAACUCAACUUUGAAAGUUACCUAAAUGCAGGUUUUUAAAACGAUUCUCUUUUAUGGAGCGCAUUUUUUGGCGCAAUUUUCUGUUUCCUGUUCUCUCUGAUUUGCCAUCAGCUGAUCUGGACCCCCCCCCCUCCCCCCUUUUAAUUAAAUUCCAACAUCCUUGUUUGUUUAAAGUCCUAAGCGUUAAAUUCCAACCUUAGCUACAGAAAGUUGAGCAUUUAAAGGCGCAUUUUCAGGUGCAUUGUUGAGUUUUGUUUUAUAAGUCUUUAACUGGUCUGAUAACCUGUUAGAUGUUAGAAUAACCUAAAUCCAAGUUUGAGACAUAAAAGCAAAGUUUGUUAAAAGUUGAACUUUAAACCACAUAUUUUUAUUUGCACUCAGAAUCUUUCAGCGCAUUUUCAGAUGCAACGUCAUGCAUAAAAAUGCACCGACUCACCCAUCAGCUGACUUCACUUUCAUCAGCUGUCCACACCAUGAAUUCAACUUUGAAAGUUUCCUAAAUGCAGGUUUUUAAACAAUUCUCUUUUAUGAAGCGCAUUAUUUGGCGCAAUUCUCUGUUUCCUCUUCUCUCUGAUUUGCCAUCAGUUGAUCUGGAUCCCCCUUUGAAUUAAAUUCUGACAUCCUUGUUUGUUUAAAGUCUGAAGCGUUAAAUUCCAACCUUAGCUACAGAAAGUGGAGCAUUUAAAGGCGCAUUUUCAGGUGCAUUUUUAUGUUUAUAGUGUGUCACAUUGGCUGUAAUGUAUUCCUGCCGACUGUGACACCCCUUGAAUCAAACUCUGGGCUGUACUGCUCUUGGAUCACAAACUGAAACUCUGGUUUGAUUUAAAGAUUUCAGGGAAAUUCCUGGAUGAAAACUUCGGCUUCAUCCUCUCAGGUGUGAUUUUGUGUUUCGUAACACGUGAGAUUUGUCGACUGAUAACCGACUCUUUGUUCAAAACGUGAAUAAAUAUAAAAAUGUUGCUUUGGUUUUAAGUCCUGUUUUAAAUUUCAAUAUUGCUGCAGUAAGUUGAGCUCAUAAGAGUGCAUUUUUGGGUGCAUUUCUUUCACUAACAUCAGAAUUACACUUCCAGUUCUAGUUUUUCCUGGCUGAUGUUGUUUGACUUUAAAAACCAUAUGAGGUGAUGUCAACAUAGGGAAUGAGGGAAAUGAUCAGUAACCUGAAUUAGACGCAGCUGCAGUCUUGAAGCAGUUAACCUGCAGGAUGUCUGCUCCAAUACGCGGCACUUCAAAGUGUUUGUUUUGGGCUACAGCCACGAGUGUAACUGUGAUAUCCUGCUCUUCCACCCAGGUGCCUCGGAGCUGAGCUGCAGGGAGCUGCGCUCCACCCGCUACAUCACUGAUGGAUCCUGCCGCAGCGCCAAGCCUGUCAAAGAGCUGCUGUGCUCGGGUCAGUGCAUGCCCUCGCACCUCAUGCCCAACUCCAUCGCUCGCGGCAAGUGGUGGAGGAAUAACGCGUCAGAAUACCGCUGCAUCCCGGCCCACUCCCGGACACGGAGGGUCCAGCUGCACUGUCCCAACGGCAACACUCGGACUUACAAAAUACGCGUGGUCACCUCCUGCAAGUGCAAGCGAUUCAGGCCUCAUCAUAACCAGUCGAUGGCGAAGGAGGUCCCCAAGAGGCCGCGCAAUAAGAAGCUGAGCCGCUCGCCUCAGGACCGGAGCAAGAAUAACUCUCCUUUGAUUGGGAACUCGUACUGAUGCUCCUCUUUUGCAUCCAAGGACUGACACCAAAGGACACUCACACACACACACGCACACGCUACACGACACACCACCCAACAUGUCUCCUUCAGAUACAGAGGAGAUGCAAGAGACAUUUCCGAGAGAGCGAAUUCAUAAGCUAACUGCUGGGCUGGUUUACGUCAUCAGUCUUCAUUUUCAGCCACCUGUCAGCGUAUUUGUGAACUUUGCUUUUUGCAUGACUCACUGCCAGGGCUUGCCACGGCUUGGACUGGUCAGGAAAUGUAGCAACAAGUUGGACGACAGAAUACCUGAUCGCCCCCGCAGCUCCAAACCUCCUUGACCCUGGGUUUGCCUUCCACUUUAACAGAUUUCUUUAAGCAUAAUGAGAAGUCCUUCCUGAAAUAUCAAAGCCAUCUGUACAAACAUCCAGCGGAUGCAAAAACUACACUGCAGCGUUGUUUAAAGCUGAAAAGGUGUCUCUCCACUCCAAAGUGGUUGUAAUCCGUCUCCUUUUGGCCGUGUGGAGGAGAUGGUGGCACCUCUGGGGGCUCCGACGAUUGGAUGUUGACAGGUUUGAGAGGCCCUGGCUUGUGCGGUGGUCCAGGCGGCGCUCUGACAGCCCACUAAAGGCUUCACUCAUCGGGACGCUCCAACCGUAAACUCCUCUCUCUGCUCUGUACAGUAGCGACUUUCCCACGAGUACAUCCUCCGAGUCAGGGGGAGAAAGAUACGAGGGGAGAAAGCAGAUUUGGCGGUAAUACGAUGUGGUCACUGCGCAGCAGAGGUGGUAAAAGUACACAAGAAGUAUUUGUAUCAAACUGAUCAAACUACUUACGAAAAACCUGCUCCUGUCGGCCGAUACUCAAGAGAUUAUUAAGAUUCUUAUUUACAUGUUUGUGUUUUAAAAUGUGUCGUGAAAUGAAAAGAAAAAAACAGUUCAGAUCCUUCAAAUGUUUCCUGUCUAGAGCUGCUCAGACUCUCUGCGCAGGUUAAAACUUCGAUCACUGACAUGGAACAGACUGUGACUGUGUGUAGAGAUCACGUCACACAGGGCAGGUGUGUAUAUGUCUAUAAUCAGCUGGUCCUGAUCCUUCAUCUGACGCCUUUGAAACCCCUGUAGUGCUAGUUCAGGCAGGCCAGGCAGUCAAGCUCAGUCCCGGCUACAUCAGCUGAUACUUACACCUGCCUAUACCAGCUGAUUGAUUACCCGUCAGGCAUCAAUUUAGCAAAUGUCCAAAUGAACUCAGUCUGUAAGAAUGUUUGAUUUUGUUAAUAAGCAGCUUUAUUAUGUUGUUUUGAUUGGAUAAAAAAACAUCCAGAGGAAUAAUUGAUAUCGUCAAAUACUCUCUUGUGCAUCUCUAAUUUUUAAAUAUCAGAUGUGAAAAGUGAAGGUUCUAAAAUUCACUCAUAAUAAAAGGUAAAAGUAGACCUCAACCAGCUGCUUCUAUGCAAAGAUACUAUUUAUUAAAACACAAUAUAUUUAGAGUUUUAAAUCACUUAAAUCCAGUGUGGAAAUCAGAUGAGUAUUUUUUACAAUCUUCACAUCUACAAGUUUUCCCUGUAAAUUAGAAAUUCACUCCCGACGUCUCUCCUCCUCACUCGAUUUCCUUUUAUCAACUCCUUCUGGUAGUUUUGUUCACACUAACUUUGUCACACAUGAUGUCCUCAGAUGAAGUUCUAGUCUGGAUUUCUGCUUGUUGUUGGAUCCUUUCAGGUUCAGGUCAGUCUAGAUGUUUCGGGGACUGGUGCUUUUAAAACAGUCGACCUGAAGCAUCAAACCUUUUUUUAAUACGGCAGGAAGAGCGAAAUAAAGAUAUGUGGGUGAAAAUGAUGGGAUAAAAGCUGUAAGUGGGCAGGUUUGCUCCAGACUGUGUCUUCUCCUGGGCAGUAUUUCACGCUUGUCUGUUCUUAUCUGUCAAAUUAACACAAACCUGCAAGUUUCUGCGGUGAAGGAUAAACAAGGAUGAUGCAGUGAUUUACUUAAGCUGUAAGAAAACUCAAACACUUCGUGACUUCCCACCUCUGCUCUGCAGUCGACUGAUUCACCAAAAUCGACCCGUGUUGUGUUAGUUAUCUCAAAAAAGCCUUUCUGCUUGAGAGAGCCUGUUCCUGUUCCCUGAAAUCACACUCCAGAAAGCGCACAAGUGUGUAGGAGGCGACAGAAAGUGAUGCGUGGUUGUGUGGUGUCACCUAAGGGCAGAGCAUUCUCCAGAACACCCACACCGGAAUUUCUUCAGCAGAGCGCCAAAUAGAGCAGCGAUCAAGAAAUCCACGCCGCAGGAUUCAGUACACCUCCGCUCUCUGCUCCCCACGCUCAGACAGGAAACAGAGGAGCAGAAAUAACCCGAAUGAAAACAAGAAUUCAGGUUUUAUCAUCGGACAGACUGAUAAAAUCCAGCAGGAAGAGGAAGCGGCGAUACUCAGACGACUCGACCUCCUUCCUCUCUUGACUCUGUGCUUCAUGAAGAAUAUCCACAGCGGUUGUUUCCGCAGAUUGUCAGCACGCCGGUGUUUUUCCCGCUCUUAUUGCUUCAUUUUUUUUUUCCCGAUUGUAUUGUUUGGAAAAGCAACUGGAAGGUUUUGGUUGUGUAAGCUGAGAGCUGUGAUGCAUAUUGUGAUUGUACAUAUCAUACCUGUGUGGUUUCUCGCAGCGGCGCCCUCACUUGACACGGCGUUACAGAGAAGCAGGGAGAGGGAGGGGGCGCUGUUUCCUACAGACACAAAGAAGGACUGUUAUAAAGAAUGAACUGCAUAUUUAUUUUUUAAUUCCACAUUUAAAUUAUUUAUGCAACCUUUUGUAGUAAAUGAUAGCCAUUAUUGUCUUAUAGUACGAUAGAGAAAUGAAAUACUGUACAGAACAUGAAUAAAGUAAAGGAAGGUAUAUUUGAACGCGCUCGCCUUUUUGUUGUCUUACUUUAAAGCUUCUUUGUGCGGAGUUUGGCACCCCCUGUGGACAAAGGGGUCUUUGCUGAAUUUGCCCUGUAGAUGUGUGUUUCAUACUAUCGUUUGUUUUCUGUAAAAUCAGGAGAAAAAGCAAAAAGUUAAACUGAGUCCGACACCUACCCCCCUGUAGUCGUUCCUCACUCUAAAAAGGACGACAUAGAAAUAACCGCUCUUCUCCUUUAUGGUCUUAAUUACUUUUUUAGGUCAUAAAAAGACAUUGUUAUUAAUUUCACAACGAGCCGAAAACACCUCACAGGAGCUUUAACCGACUUAUGGAGCAGAAUCAACUUUAUAAAGAGGUUAUUAAAGCUCCUGUGAGGAAUCUCAACUCUGAGAAGUAAACAAGACCAUCAGGAACAAGACUGAUUAUUACUCUACAGUGAAUUUUUAAGGUUUUUAUGAUUUUGAGGAAAGUUGUUAAAAAAAAAAAGUUAAAACCUGCUUCACGAUUCGUAAACAGCUCAUAAAUACAGAUAAAGAACAAGCAGUUAACGUUUGUCGUUACAGGAACCAAUAUAUCAAUACAAUUACAAUUGAGUAAGGUCCAAUACUUUGAUGAUAAUUUAAGGCUACAAGCACUUCAGAAAAAAACACGGAAGUCUUCAGGUAUAGAGGUAUCACUUUGUCCACAGGGGGCGCCAAAGUCAAUGCAAACAAAGGACAUGUAUCUCUUUGUGUGUUUUCAUGGUUGAGAGAAAUCGCACCCUGAAUUAAGACUCGUUAAUGGUAACGAUGACGCACCGACACCUCAGGGUUUAUAAUCAUCGCAUCCGUUUGUCGUACAAUUUCAAAUAACAUUAUCUUGCGUUUCAAAAUGGCUUUUUUUAGUCUAUGCUAAUAAUGCAAACCAGUUUUAGCAAAUAACAGCGGAC